AUGGCCCCAGCUUCGCUUCCAAGCACAUGUCUCUCGCCCUGUCUACAGAUGUUGUUUGAAAUGGUUCUCGAGAAAUUGUUGGAAGAGAAACUCGUCUCGAACCUCCUUCACCCAAAAUCAUCCCCCUCAAGUUGCCGGCGACUGCCAGAUCACCACCCACUCACGCCAUCAUCACCUCUUCUCCCCAUCGACUUGCUCGCGGAAUAUUCCAACUCUUCCCCCCCCUGCCAUCCUCUACCUCGUACGCAUAACCUCCCGUGUUUGUCCGUCGGCACGCACGCAGAACGGCACCGCCAUAGAACCACACCGCGGACGCCUGGUGACCAAACCCAAACCCUCGCCGUCGUCAUCUCAUCUCUCCCUCAUCACGUACGACCGUCGUUGGCUAUCGUGGCCCUCACGCAUUGGACGGCAAACGACGACAACAUCUUCUCAGCUUCGAUCCAAAUCAAAUCUGAUACAGUUGUCUCCGCCACCAACGGAUCCUUGCUUGCUGCCAGCCGUCAGCAGAGCUCGCUUACCUAUCCACCCCCCGUUCCGUCUCCUCCCAGGUCCGGCCGUCCUUGGCCUGCCCGUCCUGCCUCCAGAGCCAGCGCCAGCGAUCGAUCUGCCGAUAGGCCGUUGGGGAACCAGCCAGUCGACGGGCGCGUUGAUCUGGACCCGGCCUUUUCGAGAGAGGAGUUGCCGAGAGCUCAUCCCAUCACCGAGUCGACCCUUUCGGCGACCAGACCGACGGCAAACAUGAGUGCCGUCGCUUUGCAGUUCGACCCUACCUUUAGCGUGGGUCCCAGGUCGGCCUUUUCCUGGUCCCUCCAUCUUGAUUCCAGCUCGACCACCAGCAGCGUUCUCGGCACCGACAUCAACUCCAUCAUGAGCGGAUCCGAGCCCAGCAUGACGCCGCCGAGCGAAACCAAGUCUCUGUCGUCGAGCCCGUCCCGCGCCACGCUGACGCCCGAGCUGCAAGAGAUGAAAUGGCACAGCGACCGGGCUCGGCGCGACUCGAAACUGUCGGCACGAUAUCACCACGCCAGCAGCGGCUCCUACACAACAUCCCCGCCCAUGGCCAUGGGUGAGGUGACAAACGGCUUGGGCCUCGGAGUCUACACGACCGGGCCGGCCUCGAUGCCCUCGUUGGUCACCACGGAUUUGCACGCCCAGUCCUACCUGCCGUCCUACAGCCCGACCCUCCACUCGCAGUCCCAGGGUAGCCAGAUGUUUGCCUCUCCCUACCAACAGCCGAUGCCGCACAGCUACGGCGUUUCGAUGGACUACUCGCCCACCUUUGCGGGGUCCCACGGCGACUACAGCACUCGACCGCAUUCGCUGCCCAUUAGCCCGGACACGGGCAUGAUGUACCAGCUGCCCACCGUCGCUCCUCCGACGAACCCGGCGGCGCACGAGCGCAGCCAUGUUCGGGUUGUGCACACCAGACCGAAGCCUCGAUGCUGGGAGCAUGGGUGCAACGGGCGGCAAUUCUCCACCUUUAGCAACCUGCUGCGACACCAGCGCGAGAAGUCGGGGCAGGCGACCAAGGCAUCCUGCCCCAACUGCGGUGCCGAGUUCACGAGGACGACGGCCCGUAACGGCCAUUUGCUGCACGACAAGUGCAAGCAGCGAAAGAAGACGUGA